AUGAAGAGUAUCAGCACAUGCUCUGCAAUUCCAUGGCGGUGCCUUUCAGCCAUCUUCAGCCUUCAGCUGAAUCCUGAUGUCGGAGGCCGGGGUGGCCUCGGCGCUAUGAGAGACGCGAGGGAUGCCAAGUGGUUCCUUUUGAUCGUCUUUAGGCGUCCAACUGGGAGGUCUGACUAUCGCUUCACCCUGAAGCCUGCAGACUUGACCCCGCCGCAGAUCACGGUCGUCAGCAUGUACGGCAUCACCGAGAACGUCAUCCGGGUAACCAUCCGCCUCGACGAGUCGGGCACGACGUACUGUCGUGCCUAUGACAGUGGUGUCUUCACUCCUGUUUCCCAGGCUGGCACGGAUGUCCCGACCCUCACCGACUGCGCGGCCUGCACCUACGAAAUAAAUACCGGCUCAGGAACUAACUUCGUUGGUGGCUCCACCUACGACACCGUCAAGGGCUUCGCAGAGCAUGAGGUGGACAUCACGGGACUUGUGGCCAAGACCUUCUACUGGGUGUACUGCUACUCGCACGACGAUGAGAUCCCAACGAACAAUGUGGUCACCUCGUCGCAGAUGUUGGCAACAGAGCGGAGCGUCAGGACACUGGACACCACCCCUCCGAGUUUUGGCACGUUCGCCUGCGCUGAAACGCCUGCUACGGAGGACAGCAUCACUGUUACCCUCAGUAUGAACGAAGCCGGACGGGCGUACUGCAAGGUCGUCAACAAAGGCUUCGACCCACCCACUCCAAAUGCCGUCAUCGCUGAAGGCUUCUACAUGGACGUCUCGACGACUUCACCUUUCACGAUCAUUGUGAACCAGAUCACGACGGGACUGGGGGCGACUGGCCUCGAGCCCCUAAACCGCAAGUGGGACUACGACGUCUACUGCUGGGCGCAGGAUGCGGAGGGCUACCCGUACUAUGGGCCCAACGGAAUGGCUGCAGCCGAGGCGUGCCCCGACAACUUUGUGACCACGUUGGACCUCACUCGCCCGAACAUGCGGUUCAUCAUGGCCGAGUCCAUCUCUGCAAGCCAGAUCAUCAUCACGCUUCAGGUGGACGAGGGAGCGAUGGUGUGGUGCGCAGCGUGGGCGAGCGAUCCAGGUCUGACGUCGGCAAACUACGUUGCCAUGAUCAAGGGCCAGCAGAGCACUUGCCACGACAGCAAAGGCCGCCAGUGUGGCACCUUCUGGAUUUAUGAUCUCGACGACCUCGAAGACACGGCAGCUGACGGUGUCUCGACCCAAGCCGAGUACGAGAGCCUGGACAAUUGGAGAUUCAACCAGGACUUCGACAUUAUUGUGAGCGGCCUCACUGAAGAGACUGACUAUCCAUACAUCUACUGCUACGCUGAAGAUGAUGAGACGGAUGGAGGGAGCAGCGGGCCUGGCAGCAGCCCGAACGUGAUGAGGUGGGACGAUGUCGGCACUGCCGGGCCCGACAACGUCCACACCAUCUGGGCCGGCACCGGCACUGUUCAGACCCUGGACGAGACACCGCCGGAGUUCACGCAGCUCUCCAUCAAGGACCCCACGGACGACAACGACAAACUCGUGGUCACAUUCUCUCUCAACGAGGCCGGAACCGCCUACUGCCGAACGACACGGAGCGAUUCUGGUGAGACCGACCUUCAGAUCAACCGGAUCUUGUCUGCCAACUACUACCAGAGCGUGGGCGCUGGCGCCAUCGUCGGUACGAUCACCAUCGACAAGCUGGAGUCGUCAGACACGCAGACUCUCUACGAGGCUUCGCAGUACGACGUGUACUGUUGGGCCAUGGACUCGGCGGUGAAUACGCAGGGUCUGCCAAGGCCGAAUUACAUGACACAGACCUACGUGAAUACGCCGGUGGGCACGACCCUGGCCCAUGCGCUGACCUCGCCCAGUGGGGGCAAGACGCAGUACGUCUGGGUGAAGGACAAGACGCCACCCUCCAUGAUCUACGUCUCCUCGGAGGCGCUCUCCGAGGACACGAUCCAAAUUACCCUUCAACUCAACGAGCCAGGCACAGUUUGGUGCAUGCCGACUCUACCAGCAGUCGAUGGUACAUAUGUGGACACUGCAGACAUCGCCAGCGGAAACUUCAAGGACAAGAUCACAGGAGCCAGCAGCCCUGUAUCAUUCCUCCAGUAUGUGCCGACAGCUUACACCAACAUCGAUGUGGAGGUCGACAGAGUUGUCAGGGAUGACGCUGCGGGAGCGGCAUAUCUGGCUGCCGAAUCGCCCUACAACAUCUUCUGCUUCGCUUCCGACGACUGGGAUUUCGAGGCGACUGGGGCGGCACAGCAGUCCAUCAACUUCCAGUCUGGCAACGUGGGCGCACCAAACGAGGUGGUCUACCAGGAUGUACUGGAUUUCUCUUCUGCAGUUGGUGAGGUCAUCACGCUUGACCUGACGCCGCCGACAAUCCAGAUUAACAGCGUGUCGACGACGGAGACGACGAUCACGGUGAACUUAGAGCUGAGCGAGACAGGGACGGCCUGGUGCCAGGCGGUCCGGCACGGCUUCAAUGUGCCGACCAUCCUGGAGAUCUUGGACAGCAACUUCACUUCGGAGUAUGUCCAUGUGAGCCCUACUACAGUGCCGAUAGAUGUCGAGAUAUUGGGCUACGACCGCCCAAGGAACUGGGACCCCACCUACAUGACCCCGCUGCAGCUCGGCACCUACUAUGACAUCUACUGCUAUGCCGACGAUGACCUCUGUAACGGCUGCAAAGUGACGAAUGGCGUGUCCUUCAACUACGUGAGCACAUCAGCUGUAGAGCUCAAGGUCCGCACGCUGGACCUCACACCUCCGCAGAUGAGGUUCAUUGCAGCAGAGUCCAUCGCACACGACCAGAUCAUCAUCACGCUGCAGGUGGACGAAGGUGCCAAAGUGUGGUGUGCGGCCUGGGACACGGAUCCGGCUUUGGUGGCUGCGGGCCAGGACUACGAAACGAAGAUCAAGGCGAGGGCUUCGGAUUGCACAGACAGCUUCGGUAAUCAAUGUGGGACCUUCUGGAUCUACGACAUGGAUGACAUUGUCGAUGUGAUCAAUGCGGCAGACGGUGUCACCACACGUGCUGAGUACGAGGCCACAACUUGGAAGUACAACCGAGAUGUCGACAUCAUCGUCAGUGGUCUCACUGAAGAGACGGACUACCCCUACAUAUACUGCUUCGCCGAGGACGACGAACUGACACCCAAUGCAAUGAUCUUCGACAAUGUUGGGAUGUCCGGGCCGAGGAACGUGUACACGAUGUGGACUGAGAUUGGCACCAUUCAGACACUGGAUGUUUUGGCCUCAGAGCAGGAGGUUUUGUCUUGA